AUGGUUCUUCUUGGGAGUAUCCUCUUAGAGGUAGCCUAUUUUCUGAUUGCUGCUUACUUAACAUUGCUGGCCUGGGCUACGUAUUAUCAUUUGUCUACAUCUGAAGUUCCUCCAGGAGUUUGCCAACCUCUAAAGGUGCGAUUUCUUCACAUCACGGUGGUCAUGGUCUUUGGCUUGGAUUACAUUUUCUGGAAAAUGGGUCUCUGCAAACGCUUUGCCAUAGUGCGGUUUAUCUUUGAUGGGAUUCCUCCGUCAGAUGACCCAACCUUGUCCAUUGAGAAUACAUUCUUCGAAGGCGUAUUUGUGAGGAUUUAUCAACCCAGAGAACCGUCGGCUGAUAAGAGGAGAGGAGUCAUGUACUUCCACGGAGGAAGUGGAAUCUUUGGGAGCGUUGAUUCUUUUGAAAGGCUGUGCCGCUAUAUUGCCAAGGAAAGUAACUCUGUGCUCGUAUCUGUUGGGUAUCGUCUUGCUCCCGAGAGCCCUUUCCCACAACAGUUGGAUGAAUGUCGUGAUGCCACUGUUCACUUUAUGAGGAAUUCGGAGAAUUAUGGGGUGGACCCGGCCCGUAUAAUCCUUUGUGGGGACAGUCUGGGAGGCACAGUGACCGCUUCCCUCUGCCAAGAGUUGAAAAGCAGAACUGAUCUGCCCAAAGUCCGAGCUCAGGUGCUGAUCAAUCCUUUUCUCCAAGCAUUGGACUACAGUUUACCUUCUUACCAGCAAAACUGCUUCUUUCCUCUUCCAAGUCGGACGGAUCAGUUGGCAUUCGGUUACCAAUAUGUGGGAAACACCGUAUCCCUUGUUGACAUAGCUAGUGCAGGAAAUUUAAUUCCUGAAAGCCUUCAAACAAAGUACCGCAAAUGGGUCAAUGCAGGUGAUGUCCCUCAGAAGUUCCGAAUUCGAAACCACAAGCCAGCCCAGCUUGCUUCUUCGAAAAAUAAUUUAUUCAACCUCAUCAACCUAACACUCGACAGAAAAAUUUCCCCACUUUUGGCUGAAGACUCCUUUUUGAAAGGACUUCCAGAAGCUUUCAUCUUAACUUGCGACUUGUCAGAUGACACCAUGUUACUGGCAGAAAAUUAUGACGUCUGGAAACGACUGUUCCUGAAAGUUACAGCAGGAUUACAGCUGAACAUCAACUUUGAAUUGAAAUUGUUGAAAAAGUUCUAUUCCUUGGCACCACCAUCAGUCAAAAGGAAGACUGCAACCAAGAGAUCUGAAGGAGACUGA